UACAGACUCUAUGGCCACUUCCAAAGCUUGUGUGUAAGACUGUUUUGGCAACUCUCUUCGUGCCUUUCGGAGACCUGAGAAAAACCCCUUGUCACUGCUGCUCUUCGAGGACUCCCAUGGCAAUGCUAAGCGAACAGCAAGUGCAAGGGAAGGUGCUGGAAUAUGAAGCUUUCAUCAGUGAUGUUCUGCAGAGAGAUCUCCAGAAAGUGUUGGAGCAGCGGGACGAAGUCUACGAGAAGAUCGCCCAAUACCUGCAGUUGAAGAACGUGAUUGAGCGGCUUCAGGAGACGGGAAGUCGGGAGUUGGUGACCCAAGUGGACCUUGGCUGCAAUUUCUAUGUCAACGCAGAAGUGCCGGACACUUCCACCAUCUUUGUGGCCCUGGGUUAUGGGUUCUACGCGGAGCUGACGCUGCCUGAGGCACUGGCCUUCAUUGAGAAGAAGAGCAAGCUGUUGAAUGAGAUUGCCGAGACCCUCACCAAAGACUCUGCCAAGAUCAAAGCCAAUAUCCGGAUGGUUUUAGAGGGUUUGCGUGAACUCCAAGGGCUUCAGGACCUCCCUGAGGAGAGCCGACAGGAAAUCAUCCUUUAAACACCUGCCUUUCCCACCCCCAGCCGGGGUGUGUGUGGGGAUCUUUCCGAUGUCUGAGAACGCUGGAAGAAGAGCCGGCCUCUUGUGCAGCGAGAACUGUGCUUGUAGCUGGAAAACACUUCUCAGUAAGGCCCAGUGAAUGGGAGGCGGCGAUUGGAAAUCGGGGAGGCGAGAGGUAUUUCUCAAGGGCAGGUUUGGGCAGAUUGGUUUCUAGCCGUGAGCUUUUGCCUCUUUUACCGAGGUGCUGCUUAGGAGCGAGCUCAUCUCGGUUGUUAGAAUCAAUAAAAGAUUCUGCGUUCUGAUC